CUGCUGACGCUGAAUUACACAGCUGAGCCCCACGAUGGAGUCAUCGACCCCAUUUUUAUCUUGUAUAAUCCCAAACACUCGUCUACCUCCGGAAAAAAAUCCUGCUCGAUUAUCGAGUGUUAAUUUCGCAGGCACAUAAACUCGUUCAAACAAUUGAGACCGGAGGUAAACGGGAGAACGAGAAGGGCCUCAUAAGUACGUUCAUCAGUUAUUUCGUAGCAGCCGAGGCGGUUCGGUCUUUUUAUGGUCGAAUCAAAUUCUACGAUAAUUAAUAACGAAUAUUAACGAACAAUAAUAAUUAUUAACAAUAUUAAGGUUCAAUGUGAGUGAUAAAAGUUUUUAAAUUAAUGUCCCUGGGGCCGAGGUGUCGGUCCUCGUAUAGUAAAAUCAAAUUUAACCAUCAUUAAAAAUAGUAAUUAUAAGAGUCCAACGUCGAGUGAAGGAAAUGAAGGAAUAAACGUCGCGCAGGAGCCGAGGCAGUUUGGUCUUUAUACGAAUUUUCAAUGCGACCACUUUUUUCAAGAAUUUCUUCACUUUCGAUCUACCCCGCUUCUUGCCUCGGUCCUGCUGCCUUCGAACUUCGCUCUCGAGGCAUUAAGCCGCCUCAAUUAAGGUGUUUUCUCGACUUCCAGUACAGACUCAACUACAAAAUAGCCUCGAUACCAACCUCGACGAUCUUCGCUCAAGCAACCGGCUUCAAAGUCACUUGGAAACUGCCCUCCGGUAGUAUGGACAAACGGAAGCGCAGGAGCCUCGACGAAAUCCACGAGGACGCGGAGCUCCUCUACGAGAGACACGGCUUCGAUGGCGAGGCGUGUUUGGCAAAAAAUAUUUGUCAGGCGCUCCAUUACGUUCGAGGGAAGGAAGGAGUGAUGGCGAAAGUGCUGAAGCUCCUGACCCAGAAAACGAGCGACGAUGGGACGAGGUUCGAUGAGAUCGCUUGCCAGCGGCACUCCUCUCGCUGUCCUCUGGAGCUCGUCGGCGUCAACGACUUGCUCGAGACCUCAGAUUAGUUGCUUUUAAAGGGCGUACCGAUGG